CGACCUUGAAAAAGAGUACACGACAGAAUAACAAUGUUUAUUGUGCGAUGCGAUACGGUCCAUGCUGCGCGGAUUACAUCACGGUAUUUUAGCAUAUUUUCUUUACCAGUGAGCCAGUGAGACAGUGACCAUAUUAUUAUUUUCAGUGUCCAUUAAAUUUUAUUAAUUUCAACGUUGAUAGUAUUAUCUCUGUUGUGAUUAUACUAAAGACUGUCAGUACACAAUGAAGCCGGUAUUCUACAACUUGCGAAUUUCAUAUGUCUUUUGCACGCUUACCAGUGUGUUAUCAUGGGAUACAAGAAAAGCGCCUUGGGAGAACUGCGCUAUUGCUGGCAAAUUUGGACGACAUGUGAAAUCGAGACCAUGCACCACAGAUUCCUGUAAAGCUAUGGCAAAAAAAGUAACGUCGUCUCUGGAUGAGAACACUAAUCCUUGCGAGGAUUUUUAUCAAUAUGCUUGUGGAAACUGGAUCGCAGCUAAUCCUAUCCCGGAUAAUCAAAGUUCUAUUGACCAUUUCUACCUUCUUUCUGAAAAGCUAAAGUUAAUUAAGCAAGAUAUGCUAGAAACAAUGAAAGGAAAAAUGUUCUCAGCAGAAGUGAAAGCAAAAAGCAUGUACAAGCAGUGCACAAAUCGCGCGCAAGUUGAGCGCCUUCGAUCAAGAACUUUCCGCGAUCUACUUGAUGGCGUAAUGGGCGGAUGGCCGAUCCUCCGUGAGGACUGGCACGCGGAGACGUUUGACCUUUACGAAGUAUUGACUCGCAUUCGCCCGUAUGCUCUACAGCCGUUCAUAUCUGUAUCGACUAGUCCCGACCUUGAAUCGCCACUGGAAAACAUGAUCUACAUCGAGCAAGUCGGUUUUUAUACAUCCAAAGACGUCCUGCUCAGUGACGCCGAGAAAUUGGUUACCGAUAGCUACACGGAUUACAUGCGCACCAUCACUUCCUUGCUGCUGCAGGAUGCGCAAGAUAUCCGAGACGAAUCCGAUCCACAAAUAAUCGAUGACUUGGCUGACAUUCUCUCCUUGGAAAGAUAUUUUAUUAUGAAUCAGCUGACCUCGGUGGAGCAACGAAAUUAUGAACGCUAUAAGAAUAAAUUGUCUCUACGGAGCAUCCAGCACACUAUGCAUUUCAAAUCGACAAUUUUCCAAAAUCUAACCAACCUUGUAAAAUCAACUUUUACCCCAGUCAAUCUGGAUGAUCUGAUUAGCCAUUCCACAAAGGUUGUGUCGGCUGUGACAAACUACCUGGCUAAAGUAGAUGAAAAACUGUACGAACUGGAACAAGAAGGGGAAACCGGUAAGCGGCGGCUGGCAAAUUUUAUUGGAUGGCAGAUCUUUAUGGCGUACCAGAAACGACUCGAAAAAUAUCGUGAUGCCUAUGAAGUUCUGCAACAGAAGAUAUAUGGGAGAAAGCAAAAGCAAGAAAAGACCGUUGGCGAAUUAUGCGCAUCGGAUGUGACUGUCAGUCUCCCGUUGGCGGUUAGCGCGAUGUAUGUGCGCGACUAUGUUCCCAAAGAUUUAAAAGCGAAGGCUUCCAUGAUGGUGGACGACAUUAAAGCUGCCGCGGAAAUAAUACUGCAGUCUGCUGACUGGAUGGACCAACAUACAACGAACAAUGCGCUGAUCAAAGUGCGAAAUAUGAUUGACCUUAUAGCGUAUGCUGAUGUCUUGGUCAAAAAUUUGACGGCAAUUGAUAAAGAAUAUGAAGAGCUGGUGAUAAUGAAAACAUACUUCGAAACGCUCCGGGAACUGGACAAAGCGGAUAGUUCCAAAAAUCUGCGUUUGUUAACGAAACCAAAUGUGCGAAAUGAUCCGCUGACGGACGCCGAUGAUAUUACGCAGAUUAACGCUUACAAUAACCCAGUGCAGAAUAAAAUCGUUGUAUAUGCCGCCAUUUUGCAACUUCCUUUCUUCGACGCCGAUAGUCCCCAGUGGGCAAAUUAUGGCGGCAUUGGCUAUGUCCUCGGUCAUGAGCUUACGCAUAGUUUCGAUGAUCAAGGAUCACAGUUCGACUCGGAAGGAAGAAUGAUUUCCUGGUGGACCAACGAAACAUUAGCAGGUUUUAACAUAAGAAAAAGGGACAUGGUCAAAGAAUACAAUGCUUAUAAAUUUGACGUCGGUUCGAUUAAUGGUGAAUUAACAUUGGGAGAAAAUAUUGCCGACAACGGAGGGCUCAAAGCGGCGUACAAAUUACACGAUAAUUCAUUAAUGACGCUUAUGCUGCUAAACCCUAUUUUUAGGGCUACAAGUUGUAUCAAAAACGUCAGUCUGGUUCCUGAACCCACUUUAUCCGGUUUGGAAGAUUUUACAGUUGAUCAGUUAUUCUUUUUGUCCGCAGCUCAGGUGUGGUGCAAAGACUGGCGACCGGAGAAACUGCGAAUGGAUUUAUUGACUGACGUACACAGCCCCGCCAAAUACCGCGUGAUUGGUCCCAUGUCGAAUAUGCCGGAGUUCUCGGCCAGUUUUAACUGCCCUUCAGGCUCACGGAUGAAUCCUGUUAAAAAAGUGGCUGUAUGGUAGUCAAACGGUUUUUCCAAUCCAAUCAAUUUCCGGUUGAUGAUCUUUAAUCAGCAGUUACAGGAUAAUAUACGUGCCUACAUCAAUAUUCACUCAGUUUUUGUACGGCUAAACGCUGCUGCUGUAUGGUGUCGAACAUGUCAUAACAAACGGAAAAACAAGGUUACGUCGAUACUAUAAUGAUCCAGAAACGGCAGGCAUCACGAAUACUGGUUGUGCGU